ACGAUUUAUAUAAAACAAAACUCAGUUUCUCCUCUCUCUCCUUAGAUCAAAACCUACGAAAGAAGAAAGAGUUGUUUUGUAGUGGGAUUGGUACAACAAGACAUAACAUUUCCUUUCUUCAUGGCGGAGGUUGUUGUGCACAUAUACGAUGUGACCAACACAGGAUCAGACAAAACUAACAACACCAUUCUUCAGAUCAACAGGAUCUUCAAAGACGGCAUCGGUCUUGGCGGCAUUUUCCACAGCGCCAUUCAGGUAUAUGGAAACGAUGAGUGGUCUUAUGGGUAUUGCGAACAAGGCACUGGUGUAUUCAGAUGUCCUAGCAGCAAGAACCCUAUGUACACGUAUCGUGAGAAAAUUGUUCUUGGGAGGACAGAGUGCACUAUCUUUAUGGUUAAUCAGAUAUUCCGUGAGCUCACCAGGGAAUGGCCAGGACACACUUAUGAUCUCUUGUCCAGAAAUUGCAACCACUUCUGUGAUGUGCUCUGUGAAAGGCUUGGCGUGCCAAAGCUUCCAGGUUGGGUGAAUCGUUUUGCGCAUGCUGGCGACACAGCCUUGGAAGUAGCAGAAACCACAGCAAUGCGGUUAAAGCAAGCGAAAACCGAACUUUUAUCAGCUAGUAAGGUGGCCUAUCGCUUCCUUUCCAAUGUUAGAUCGAACGUCACCAAUAUCUCACCACAAGGGCCUGGGACCGUCAACAGUUCAGACAACGGGAGCUUGAGAAUUCAAGGCACCUGGCUCAAAGGGAUGCUCAACACUUCGAAACCUUCCACAAGCACAGAGACAGAUAACAAAGAUGAAGAUGCAAAUCAUGCUAUCCCCAAUCAGCAGAAAAAACAAAGCCAUGAUUCAUUUGGUUAAUUGCAUAUCCACCCGGUCCAAAAGCUACACACUCAUCUGUAUCCAUUACUUUGUAAUCACACCAUUGGAACCCACUCUCUCUUUUUUUCCCCAACAGAGCGUGUGAUUUUUUUGUUAAAGGGAUAUAUUUUCAACACGUUAAUGGCAAGUAAACAAUCAAGUCUCAAGCAUCA